GUUUCUUUCCUUCCGUCGUCGGUCAACCAGCCAUUGGCCGCUGCUGCUCCUCCUGCGCUACUCGCUGUCAAUGCAGCGAUGCGGUGAUGUACAUACCAGUCAAUCGCAUCACAUUGCAAUUGGCAUCGUCAUAGGGGCCUGGCUACAGCUCAAACUGCCCGUCGGCGUUGGUUACAGUUACAGUACAGCUUAUCUCUGUUCAUCCCCUCUUCCCCUUCCACGGUACAAACAAACGCGCUGCACAGAAGAACUCCCGUCGCCAACACGCGCCAUGCACCUGCAUUGUUUGGCCUGCCAAGGUCUCAAUCCCAGCAUCGCGUCGGCCUAGCGCGAUGGAGCUCUCCUCUGCGCAAUUACCGUACAGAGCGGCUCAGCUCGCCAUGGGUGAGACAGGCGUAGUUCAUGGGCCAGGAUCCACCGGCGAUCGCGGGGAAGAUUAGGAAGGUUAGGUUUGCUUUGGGAUUGGCCAUUGACUUGGGGGUGCGGGCCAGCACUUUGGGAUCCGUCGAAUUAUGGGGUGGAUGAUGGGAUUGUGGGAUUGUGCCUCCCCAUGAGAUGACGGUUCUGAAAAAGCUUCAUUGGGCGCACUGGGAACGAUGACUUCAUCCGCCUCAACCGAGAUCAAGAGCUGAGCCACGACUCGGUGGUAGAAGGACAGACCAUACACGGCCAGACAGACUGAACCAACAUAGUUUUUACCAUAUACUUCACCGGCCACACCGAGCGAAGACCGGCUCCGAAGAAAUCUUCAUCGGUGGAUGCCUACCUGACCACGCGUGGGAAAUGAGCCAGUGCAGAACCACUACAUAUCGAGAGAUCCAGACCCGAACUGAACCGCCGACGCCGAACCAGGCAGUCGCAUCAGUAGCCUCGGUCAGCCCUCCCAACUGCCUCCUAACUCCUCACAGACCAUCAUCGUCUGUCACAGAGCCGUUCCGCCAACCAUCGAUCCACCACCCCACCUGCCAGAUUGCCCAGCCGCCGGAUGCGGAUGAACGCGAUCCGAUGGAUUAUAUCGUCAUUGAGGGGGUUGGCCGUGCUGUAUCGUAUCCCAUAUUCAAGCGACUUAGGAUGCGCGUAGGUAGGCUUUUCUUCCAAACUUUCUCUUCUCUCAUCCAGGUUGGAGAAAGCAUCGCCGUGGUAUUAAGGGGAAGCAAUGUGGGCGGUUUCGACUACCAAAUUGUGCAAGUACCUUCUCAUAGUAAUUUGUAUGUAAAGGUACAUAAAAUCAAUUAUCGUAUGAAAUUUCACUUCGUUGCUCCCGCAAUCUCUCCUACCCUCUCUCUCUCUCUGUUGCUCUCGGCUUUUGAUUCAGGAACUGGCUCUUUGUACGCGGAAAGAGCUGGGAUGCAUUACGAGGGGCUGCCACCCUCUUUUCCGAGGCGCCCUUCCUUCAAGUCCUUCCCUCUAGACCUAUAGAGCUGCUUUCUGGCUUAGUUUGUAGUCUGGCGACCUCCCGUUAUGGAAGGAAAGAGAGGGUUCCAGUAGACUUGAGUAGCCCCUCAAAAAGAGAGCUACCAGAAUUGGCUUAUAGCCCCCCACUUCCACGGAUUCCAGGCUCAGAAGGCCGAGCUUCAGGUUCAAAAGGCCCAAUGACCUAAAGCAGCCCGAAUACCCGCGGAAGGAAGGAGCAACCUAGUUCGAGAUAUAGGUCGCUCCUGCCAAUACAAGAGG